AACCAUGGGCUAUAGAUGAAAUCUAACAUGGACCACCAGAAAAAAGGGGGGAAACAACAGCAAUAAAGAACAUGUAAAUAUUGAUGGGGAAAAGAAUUAACACCUCCUUACAUUUGGUGCCUUACUGUCUUAGGAUUCUACUAUGCAUCAUUGUCUCUGGAGUCUGGACACCCCCAUUAUAUACAAACUAUGUUACCACUGUUGCAGAAGCUUUUCUCCACUUGGUGCUACCUACUGUUGUUUCGAACGCAGUCCUUUCAGGAUUUGACAAACCAAUCAGAUUAAAUAUACAUUGAGUGAAAGUUUAAAUUUCAGUUACUAUAAGAUAUUACACAUUUUUGGUGCGUUUUAGGAAGUAAUAGUGUCUGCAUGGCUGCCUGCACUGAGGGACAUAAACCAGCAGGUAUAAAGCUGGUUCCCUCAGAACUGGCUAGAAACAGCUGGGGGUAACAGUGCAUAAUCAUCUAUUAAUUUUCAAACCAUAGCUGCACAAUAUGGUAUCAGGCUGUCUUUCUAAGCUUUAUAGGACCUCACUGGAUUUCACCUUUCUAUAAUGUCUUGCCAUCUUUGUUCAAUACAGAAAAGACUAGUCAUUUAUAUCUAUAUGUAUUAGCAAUGCUACUCAUUAUGCUAGCAGUUUUGCCUUCGCACAAUAUACAUGUUUGCCUUUGUCUUCUUCCUCACAAUUCUUCCAAUCUUUCACUCUAUUUGGCACCUUUGACUUUAAGGCCAUUAUGAGUGGUCAACAGUGCAUGUGAAUUGCAGAUUUUCUACUGGUUAAUAGCAGUGGACUGACUGGUGGUGGAUUGAAGCUGUGGUGCUUCUGUUUCAAAAAGGAAAUAUUUUCUUGUUACAAUCAUCUAUGUGUAUUAUACUGCUGGCUUUCUAGUUCUUAUCAUGCAAUCUGCAUACACUCUAGCCUGUAAUGCAUAUGCAUCCAUUUUUUGUUAGUCUUUCCCUUCCUCUCAGGCACCAAACUGGUCAAAUUAUCAAAUCGCUGGUUCAAGCUGCGUUGAUCACAUAAGUAUUAAGUAACCAGCUGGUAAUCAGAGGUUUUUAAACAGCUGUUCACCCUGCCGGUUGCAUUUACCUGCAUGCUUUUCAUUGUCUGUGCUUCUUUGAGUCCUUUCCACCAGUUGUUUUUGUUUACCUCACUAAAAGUACGAUCUUCUUGGCUUUAUACACCUCUCAUCACUUUUCGGCUAUAUAAUAGCUGUAAUUAUCACUUCUCUUCAUUGAUGUCAGAAAUUUUCCACUUUACUGUAGCCCAUUACAUGUGACUAUUGGAUCUUUGAAUCAUGUGCCUGGGAUGAAUAAUCAGAGCGACUGCUACGUUCCUCUGAUUUUUGUCAUCCCCACUCCUUUCUGAUUGAUAUAUGUAAAAUGAUGGAUCCUUCUGCGAGUGAUGUUUUGUUUUCUUUGGCAAGAAGUUAUUUUGGUUCCUUUUAUGGCAUUGACAUUUACAUAAUUUUAUGACAAUUAUUAUUUUGGUUCAGAGAGGGAUUGCUUACAUCAUACAACGCUAAACGAGUGAUAUAUUGCUUCAUUUUUUGAAGUUCGGGAGGCAAUCCUGAACUCUGACUGCAUCUGUUGAAUAUAUAUGCAAUGAUUAUAUUGCGCUAGGUUACUUGAGUAAGGAUUAAUUAGCACUGCUCCUUGUGAAAUCGGUUGCUUAUUUUCUUGCUUAUGAUAAAGAAAAUCUCAACACUAAGAAUCAACUUAUCGUUGGGUAGUUAUGCCUGACAUGGAGAAGCUGCGUGUCUUAAUUUAAUAUUGUUGGGUGAAUGUGAACCACACCAUUAGCUGUCUUAAACUUGAGCUUUAUAACUCAAGUAUUUGAGGGACACUGAUUCAUUGCCUGUCACCUAUAGGGUCAUCUUUACCUGUCAAAGUGUCAGUGUUCUGUGUGACAACUUCACUUCUAUAUAUCUGGAUAGACUUUGCUAGUUACCUUCUAUGACAUCUUUAGCAUUUUUAUAACAUUACCUUUUUAACACGCGACUGUUAAAAUUGUUGUGUCCUUUGCCUUGCAAAUUCCUAAACUCUACAACUUUGUUGCUUGUCAAGUCAUGUUAACUUUAUUUAACCCUACCUCGUUUUUUGUGUGGUAUCAGGUAGAGAUGAUGAUAAAGCAUAGUCGUUGACUUAGUCUGCCUUAGCUAUUUCCUGAGGCUAAGGGAAAUAAUAAUUGGCGUUAUGGCAUUUCGAAAUAUGGUAUGCACUCCCCAAGUUGUUGACCUUACAUCUGAGAGAGGGCAAGCUCGUGGAGGCAAUGCCAGUGAGAUAUCCAAUCAAGGUGCACAACAUGCUGUCAGAGUUGUAGGAAACACGACUAACAUUGGUCUCUCAGAUAUAAGAAAUUACUAUGAUGUGAGCAUAAAUCAUCAGCAUCAGCCUGUUCCUAACCCACCCCUGAAUUUAGGUGCUGAUUCUGGUUUUGUCUUCACAUCAACUAUGUACAGUCCCUGCAUGUCACCAACAUCAAUGAACAGAUAUGCUUCUCAUGCUCAGAGCUUUGGAUCGACGAAUCAACCAUUGCCUUUAAACCAAGUCCCAGGAAGUAUGGAUGAGAGUAGCAGAAAUGAUAGUACUGGUGAAAGUGCUAGAGGACAUAUUAAAAGGAAAAAUGCUGCAGUCGUGGGAAGCUACCAUUUUGUUAAUGGAUUUGCAAGCUCAAGCUCAUCUUCUCAUGCACCUCAGAAUCCUAUGCUUAGGCCUUGGGAUCCUUCUUUUGAAUCCAAUGUUUCCUCUAAUGUUGCACCAUUCAGCCCAUCAGAAUAUCACGGCCACAGCAGUUGGCAAUCCUUAGAAGGAUCUUCUGUAACUGGAACUAAUGGGUUCAAUUCAAUGCCUGUUCAUCCAGAAUCAGCACAGUGUGCGAACUAUACAUUUCCAGCAACUCACAUUGGCCGUUCAUGGAUGUCCCAGGCUGCAAAUUGUAUUGCUGAUGGAAUUCCCCAGUGGGAAUACAUCAAUGCAACUACUAAUGUUCAAGCAGGCAGAUUUGCCCAUUCAGGAGCCACAGAAAUGGCAAAUGGAGGUUUUCAUGAAUAUCAGAAUGGCCCUUCAGCUGUUUGUCGGGGACCUGUACCUUACUUCCCCCAGCACAUGAUGCAUGGAAUGCAAGCUCAUAAUAUGCUUGAUCAUAAUCAAAUGCAAGUCCCUUAUCAACAAUGUCACAAUAAUGGUUUAUUGCAUGGUGGUGUUAAUUAUACUGGAAACCGUCUCCACUUAGGUCCACAAAUUCCAGUUCUCUUCUCCAGUUCUGAGCGUACUUUUGGGCCUCCACAGCAUCCGUUUCUGGCAAAUCCAGUUAACCAUCGGAACAUAAGGAUUCUACCACCUGAGCAGCAUGCCACUAUAAUGGAUUUUUCAAGAUUGUAUGAAGUGUCAAAUUCUGUAGAUGAGCAUAGAGAUAUGCGGCUAGAUACAGACAGCAUGACUUAUGAGGAGCUUUUAGCACUAGAAGAGCAGAUCGGAGAUGUCAAUACUGGUUUGACAAAAUGCCUCAUUGUAGAUAAAUUGAAGACUAGCUUAUAUGUUCCAGGAACAUCCAGCAUGUCUGAUCAGCCAUCUAACUCUUCUCUAGAGAAUGAUGCUUGCAUUAUAUGCCAGGAGGAGUACCAGGUUAGAGAUUGCAUUGGCACCCUUGACUGUGGUCACAGGUACCAUGCAGAGUGCGUGCACCAGUGGCUGUUGGUGAAGAACCUAUGCCCCAUCUGCAAGACAACAGCAUUGUCUACCGACCAAAGACAUGGACAAUGAGCAGGAAUGAAUAAGCCUGUUAGCUAUUUGCUUCGACAAACGUUCACCUCAAUUUUGUAUAUAAGAAGUGGUAGACAAUGGUGCUACUUGUAUUUGCUGUUCACCUUGCUGUGAUCGGGAGUACUCAAGCUUCCUGAAACUGUACAGCCAUAACAUUUAUUAUUUUUCUCCAAAUGUAGAAUAUUUUAAGUUGCUCAGUUCGCCCCCCUUGUGUAUGAAGAGGCGAACCGGGGAAACAAAGCUUCCGUAAUGGCAUCGCUAGGCAGCCUUGUAUCUAUGUUGACUUUAAUGAAACUAAUACAGCAUGGAUCCUCCUGUACA